UCCUGCGGUGCGCAGCCGGCGGUGACAGGAGCGGACAGCACGGACGGACAGACUGACCGCCCUGCUCCGGCUGGCAUGGACAAACACGGCUGCAGGACGGGCAGGGACAGGCCCCGGGGGGUGCUGGCCCCGGGCCGGGCAGCCAGCUGUGCCCAGCUGCUGGGCAGCACCAGACAUUGCCCUUGGAAAAUGAACCAGCUUCCUCCGAAGAGUCCUGCGGCAUCCCCGGCGUCAGAGAGCACAAAUUCCAGGGUAGAGGCCUUGGACAACUUGUCAAUGGACAGUUUUUGGCUGGAAGUAGAGAACAUUAAACAGAGCACUGAAGCCGAGCAGGAGGAAUGCAGCCUUGCAGAUGUCAAAACACAGGAGGAGGGAGAAGCCGAGGCCGAGUGGCUGCAGGACGCGGGGCUGUCGGAGCUGCUGGGGGAGCCGGGCCCGGAGCAGGACAGGCUGGUGCUGCUGUCCACGCUGACCAGGACGCAGGCUGCGGCCGUGCAGCGCCGGCUGGACACCUACAGCCGCUCCCGCCGCAGGAGGAACAAGCAGCCCGUGCGCCACGUGCGCGACAUCUUCGCGGUGAGCGCGCAGGACACAGCAGCAGAGAAAGAGGAGUCCAGCCCAGAACCACUGUGGCACAAUCUACGGACUUCAAACACUCAGAGAACAGAAACCCAGGAUUAUUCCUGCACAGUUCGAAACCCUGGGAAAGAGGAGAUGUUCAACAUGGAUGUUGCCUACUCAGAGCAAGCAGCUGUCCUGCUCAAGGGAUCCUUCCUGUCUGAAUCCAGGAAGUUAAAGGAUGGAAAUUCCCUAACUAGAUUUAAGAUCCUGAAGGGCAGACUAGGAGUGACCAGGAUUGGAGAUCUGUCAGCUCAGGACAUGAAGAAGAUCCCCACAUUGGCCCUCAUUGAACUUACAGCUCUCUGUGAUAUCCUGGGCUUUGAGUUGAAGAGAAACAAAGCAGCAAAACUGAAAACAACAGAGAAGAGACUUUUUGGAGUUCCACUCAACACCCUGCUGGAAAAUGACCAAAAGCUGCUGCCCAACACCAAGGUCCCUCUGCUACUGCAGGCACUGCUGUCCUGCCUGGAGAAGAGAGGACUGGAAACAGAGGGCAUCCUGAGAGUUUCUGGGUCCCAGACCAGAAUUAAGAGCCUGGAACAGAAGCUGGAAAGGGACUUCUACAGUGGCCUGUUCCGCUGGGACGAGGUUCACCAGAACGACGUGUCGGGGCUGCUGAAGAGAUUCAUCCGAGAGCUGCCAGCCCCCCUGCUCACUGCAGAGUACCUGCCUGCCUUUGCUGCUGUUCAGAAUAUUCCAGACCUGAAGCAAAGAUUGCAAGCUCUAAACCUCCUGAUCCUGAUUCUGCCAGAGUCCAACAGAAACACUCUGAAGGCUCUUCUUGAGUUUCUCAGCAAGGUGGUUGCCAGGGAAAACAACAACAAAAUGAACCUCUGGAACGUUUCCACAGUCAUGGCCCCAAACCUCUUCAUGCACAAGGGGCUGCCAAACAAGAUCCCCGAGGGGAAGGAGAAGCAGCUGGCGGAGGGGGCGGCUGACGUGGUGCGGAUGAUGAUCCACUACCAGGAUCUGCUCUGGACUGUCUCCUCUUUUCUGGUAGCUCAGGUGAGAAAGCUGAACGAGAGCAGCAGUAAAAGGUACCAGUUCUGCGACAAGAGAAUUAAAAAUUUGCUGCGGAAGAUUCACGCUGAUAAAGACAAAGUGGAAAAGAACCAGGGAGAGCCUUCCAAGAUUGUGAAAGUCCACGCAUCACUGCUCCUGAAGGACUCUCUGGAGGUGCACCUGAACAAUGCAACCAGGGUUGCUGAUGUCUUGAGGCAGUUUCAGAAGAACCUGUGCCAGAAUGGCUGGAAUAUUGUUAACACUGUUAACCUCCUCAAGUGUAACAACUCCAUGGAGUGCACAAACUUGCUCCUGUAUGAAGUGGGAGGCAAUAUUGGUGAACAUUGCCUGGACCCAGACACUUACCUCUUGGACUUGUACCACAUCAACCCCCAUGCUGAGUGGAUAAUUAAACAAAACCCAUCUUAUCCUCGGAUGUUCUGAGGAAAACAUGAGCAAAACAAAGCACUUGGUUGGAGUUUUUUAAAGGUGGAAACAGAGACUUUUCUGUUGUGUCAGAGCAGACACUGUUUGUUUCUUGGAAGGAAAAGCACCUUUAUUAACUGCUUCCAUGGCAGCUGGCAGUGAGAGCACACUGUGCUGACAGGGAUGCUGGAAACAAGCAGCAAUUUUCAUUGUGUAGCAGAGUUUGCAGGGGGAAUGACUGUUCCUGAACAAAAUAUCCCCCAAAACAAACCCUGAAGGCAAAGCUGCCAUGGUUGUGCAGCAAAGAUGGAACAGAAGAAGAAAAAGAUUAUCUUGAAUAUGGUGGAAGACAUUUGUGUAUUCUGGAUUUGCUCUGUUUUGGAGGAGAGACAUCCAAAUGCUGCAGUGGUACUGAGGACAUCCCUUUGGUAAGGCCCAUGGCUGCCUGUGGCAUGACACCAGAAGAGUUUCUGAUCCUGGGCUUCACUAUUAACCUCCUGUUAUGUUCUUUGAAGAAUGAAAAAGUGUGUUUCCAAAAAGGCCAGAUGGGAUGUGACACCAACACACCGUGUACAUCAUGACUGCAGUUAAAAAAAUACAUGCAACACAAGAAAAUAACAUUCUUUGAAAAAAGGUGUGGAAAAUACAGCUGCCUUUCAGAUGUGCAGUGUGGCAGGACAGAUGCCUGUCCCAUACAGCUCUGCUGGUAAUGCAAACCCAAACUGCCAGCAGUGAGGGUAAAACACACAUUUAUUUUGAUGGACAGCCUACAUAUCAACAGACAGCACAGGAAAUAUCCUGGAGUUAAUGUAAGGUUGGUAACCUGACCUGCCCACCUGGACUGAACUUCUUUGUGGAAGAUUCUGUGUGAAUGUGUUGGUUCAAAAGCCAACAAACCCCCUGAGAUGUGAGGGGGCUGAACUGGGCUGAGCCCUGGCUGCACAUUUGUCACACUCAGCUCAGUGUGGUCACUGUGGGCUGGACAGGGGAGGGCAGAGCAGAACUCACACCUUGCUGUGCAUCACCACCAGAGAGGGCUGUGCUGUGGGGUGUUGCUUUCCUUUGUGGUGGUGCUGAAAUACCUCAGUGAGGGGCCCCACUGUGCAGUGGGGAGGGGUGAAACACUCAGCCUGUGUGGAAAUGUGGAUGUCUUUCUCUAAAUACUGUUUUUAAACACGGUUGGAUAUUUAUUCAUGUGGCAGAAGCAGGGCUGCCCUGCAAGUGUGUACUCAAAGUAUUUCAUUUGCCAAAUCCCAGCUGCACUAGUGACAAUCUCCAGUAUUAUUUCUUCUGUUAGAUGAGUUUGUUUCCAUUACAAUCUGAAUUUUCCCUCCUCUCCUUUUUUUCCCCCCAGGAUGAAAUGUAGCUUUCCUUAUUCAUUAUCUCAAACUCCUAGAUUCUGUUGUAAAGGUGCUUCACUCUGUGAUUGUUCUGUCUGUGUGGUUAAAUCCUCUUGGUGGUUAAGAUCCUUGAGGAACAGGCAAGCCACAGUCCACAUUCUUUCCAGCUUUUUGUGAAUUCUGUGUGAGUGGUGCAGAUAUCUUAAAAUUAUUCAUAUACUAGAGAGUCAGUCUAUUCUUUUUGGUUGAGAUGAUGCAGAUGCAUUGACUGGUUGGAUCACCUUCACAGAUGUCUUCUUAAGAACCUGUAAUAGAACCUCCCAACCCUGACCCAGGUAUCAACAAUUCUUGAGGUGCCUCUUUUAUAGGGCUGAAAUUGUGCCUGAAAGAGCCUGAUUCUUUUCCUGGAGAAUGGGUGGUUUAUACCUCUGGAAAGAUCAAGCUGCUUUAAACUGGGGCUUUAAAAACCAAAGGUACCUAUUCAACAUCCCUUCUGGAAUUCUUUGUGGCAGUGAUGGAGUCAAGAUGGAAAAGAACAAAUGCCAGAGAUGUGAUACCCUGAGAAGUACCCAACUCAUAAAGGUGUCACUGUGAACUCAGAGAUCCUUUGCAAGCUGAAUUGCACUCUGCAAAUCACACAAUGCUGCAUUUUUUCACCCCUCAUAUGCUGGUUUAUUAAAUAUUCUGUCCAUAUAUAUUGAGGGGUCAAGACUGCAUCACUGCUGCUGUGAACUACAAAGGAGUGGGGUUUCUUGAACACCAAACAAUGUGAAUCAAUGCUGUGAAAAACAAGGUUAAUGGGAGAUUCUCAUGGGAAAAAUAUGGUUUAAAUAUGACAGGAAAUGUAAAACAAAACAAAUGAACUCUUUCCAGAUGAUGGAUAUGCUUUUAAAUUUUUUUCUCUAUCUUUGUAUCACAAAGUAAGUGUAAAUUUUUCAGUCAGUGAUGUGCAACCCACUCCUGAUGGGUGGGUUUUAUCCUGGGGGUAUUAAAAGCCA